AUUACGUCAGUCUAUGACGUGAAAAAGUGCGCGCGGAAUUUCUUUACUCUUAACAGCAACAGCUAGCUGAGCUUAGCGGGUAUUUUAAUAAACUCACUUAGCCUGUUGUUGGGUAAAAUGUCUCAGUCAGUCGAAGCGGAUUUACCACCGAACUUGUCAUGCCUGAAAGAUAUCGACACUUUGCUGCGAUGCCCUAUUUGCUUUGACUACUUGAAUAUAUCCAUGAUGACGCAGUGUUCUCAUAACUUUUGCUCCUUGUGUAUACGGAAAUUUCUUUCCUACAAGCUGCUGUGUCCUGUUUGCAACACGCCACUGACAGAACAAGAGCUGAGGAACAACAGACUGCUGGAUGACCUUGUUCAGAGCUUCCAAGCUGCGAGGCAACAGCUGUGUCAGACAAAUUUCGAAUCACCGCCGAUCUCCCCCAAGACCCCCACGAUGGCCGUCGGAGGAAAAGCAGCUAGGCAGAAAGCCCUAAAGAAAGAGGGCGCUACUCUCACUCACUUUUUCCAGAAACGAGGCCCAGUCAGCUCUUCCACAGGAACACAGCCAUGCUCGAAUGGUUUGCUCCCAGUGAAAUCAGAGCCCAUGGAAGUGUGUGUGCAGGAAGCUUUCCUGCCAGAGAGUGCAGUGACCGUGACAACAGCAGUGAAAGAAAAGAAGUGGAGUGUGCACGCUUUCCCCUCCACAUCGCAGGAUAUUAAACCUGUGCCCAAAGUGGAAUGUCCGGUGUGUAGUGUGGAAGUGUCUCAGCAACACAUUAAUAAACAUCUGGAUACAUGUCUGACCAGAGGGGAGAAGAAGGAUAGCCUCAGAAGGUCUGACCAGCUAGGCAUGUCCUGUUCUGCAUGUGUAGAGCCCAAUUCUCAGAAGCGCAGGCCGAUGGCCAAGCUGGUGUACGCUCUAAUGACAAUGGUGGAGUUAAAGAGAAGGCUGAGAGAGUGCCAUCUGUCCACGCAAGGCUCCAGAGAGCAGCUCAUUCGACGGCACCAGGAGUUCAUACAUAUCUACAACGCACAGUGUGAUGCACUCAACCCCAGAUCAAGUGAGGACAUUGCUAGAGAGGUUGAAAACAAUGAGAAGAUGAGGAAUCUGCUGGAGAGUAAAAGUAAACCUGCCCUAAUCAUCACUAAAAAACACACAGCCGAUGAAAUCGAACAGUUGCACUCUGACUACAGGAAACAGCACAACGGGGAGUUUUCCCGAUUAAUUGCUCAGGUCAGAGGUCAUUUGGAAAAUUCCAGGAGAACAAAAAUGAAGCAGGAAGAAGAAAAAUCAGUGGAGGCAUCGUGUUGCAGUGCUGAUGACACAGUAGUCCAAAACACACCCCUGUCCCCAGUUUCUUCAACACUGGAUUUACCAGCAAUUACCAGCAAUGAGACGACUCCUGUUAUAGACGUUGGGUCAAGGUCACAGAGCCCCACUCUGAGUGAAGUGUCUGUCAGCAGAACGCACAGAGCCAGUGAGAAUGCUACAGAAAAAAAAGAAAAUAUGAUCUCUUCAUCUCGGUGCUGAUCUGAAGUGUUUUUGCCAGGGCUGUGGAUGAAUUGAAAACAUGCUGUAUGUCACCAGAAGUGCAAUAUGAGGAGCAAAGUCUUGGGAAAUCUGUGCUUUCAAAGACUGUUGCUUGGAGCCUGAGGCAGGAGAUUAUGCUGUAGUUUAGUCAGUAACAAUCGAAUGAAAAGGUUGUUCACAGAAGAAUGUAUUCCAGUCUCCUCCCCAUCCAUCUAUCCGUCCAUACACACACACUAUAUAUAUCUAUACACACAUACACUUGUAUUCCUACUGUGCACAGUCAUAGCAUAGAGUCGUUUCCCAUUGCCACCAUUAGCAUCUUCUUUAGAUGUGAGCUCACUGAUGCUUAUGUAUUCUUUGAAUAUGUUUCUGUUUUAGCAUUUCCUUUUUUUUCGUUUUUUUUUUAAUGUCAUGUGUUUGGAUUGUAACCUUUAGCAGUCAUACCCACACAUUCAUAAGACAUUGCUCGGUUAUGUAUUUGACAGUUUUCCUGCUCUGCAUUUUAUUCUCAUUUCCCAAUGUUGCACCUAUCCACCUUUCCAUCAGAACAUUACUGGCAUCUCAAAUACCACAGUCUUUAUUUUGUUACAACAGUCCUUCCUACACCAUCUAACUAGGUACGUUAAUCAUGUUAAAGUGCAUUCAUAAAAUAAUACCAAACCAACUGAAAGUUUAUUUAAUGCUGUGUUUUUGUGGUCUAAUUGCAUUUAAAUGAUUUACAUCCUAUGAUUUGUUUAUGACCACAAAUCAAGCAUCGGAGUUACAUAAGCAUGAAGUUUAUCUAUUUAUCUGUACCCUGCACUUAAUUGUUAGCCACUGAAAUGAAUCACUUUGGAUUUAAGCAGGAUUAAUGCUACUGGAUUUGUCCAAUUACAGUGUUUGCUGAAAAGUAUUCUUCUUUUUUUUUAUAACCGGCUUAGCUUUUUAUUAAUGCUUAAGUGUACAGUUUUUCCACUUGUACAGGAUACUUUAAAUAUAAUGUUUGGUCUGGUUUAAGUUGUAGGACAUAAUUAAUACAUAUUUGCUCAGAUUGUGCUGCUUUGUAUUUAUUGUAGUGGCAGUGAGCAUACGUGUUGAAAUUGUGCUUCCAUUUUUGUGACGUAUGAUUGUAUGCCAUCACGGUUUGCACAGCCACCGUCGGUGAAUGCACUGUCCAUUAAUAAAUAAUCAACAUGA